UAUGAGUAUUGUAGUUUUAUUUAUAGGGAUGGAAAUUUUCAACAUAUUAAUUAUAAAUUAUAACACACUUAUAACCAUACGGUACUAGAAUUAUUUCAGCACAGGUGGUUGUGUUUACAGUAGAGUGUGGCUCGCGGCGGCGCGGCCGGCCGGCGAGCGCGGCAGUCCACCCGCCACUCGGCCGCGACCCACUGCCCAAACCAGCCUCUUAUCAUCGCUUAUCGUAACACAACUCCGCACACCGCAUUACCUCAACCGCCAACUGAUAACAAACACCUCAGAACUGUCUUCACACUAUCUUACGUUUAUUGCUCACUUCGGACGAAAGUGUGAGUAAUUAUCAUGACAACAAUGAUUUGAGCUAAACAGUAACUGUAAAUUUUCAUUAGAAAUGGGGAAGCUUGUGAUUUUAAUAGUGUUCCACGCAUUCCUGUGGUGUGUGAAGUGUGGCCCGUGCAGCAAGAUCGAGAGUGUGGACAUCACGGGGGCGGUGCGACUGGACAAUGGAUCAGUGUUGUCUGGAGGUUUGGAGUACUCGAGUGAGGAGUGGUACGAGGAAACCAAGGAUGGUGCGACGAUGCUGCUCGGCUGUCCUUGCUUGAAGCGCACUUGCGUGUGGAAGUGUUGCGGGGACGGAGAGGCGUUCUUCGGUCGAUCCUGUAACGCCACCGACGCGUCGGAAGUGAACCCUUUCAGUCCUCCCGUGUACAAUGGGACGGCCGCCCUGGACGUGGAGGCUCAUGAUCUGUUCUUCUACAUGCACACAGCCAUGGGCGACGUGUGUGAGGACCGGUACCUCGUGGACCCUGGCGCCAGCAACGAGCAGAUCUAUAUUCAACAGAAUGGCAGUCUGUUCGAGGUGGCGCCCCACGGCUCGCAGUGGCACCGGGGGCCGCGAUACUGCGUGGACUACGCCGCUGCGGAGGCGCCGCGCCUGGUGGCAGCCGUCUGCUACCCCGAGGAGGCGUCUGCUGACGACGGCGCCGUGCUCUACAUCGCCUAUGCUAUCGGCAUGCUGCUGUCAGUCCCGUUCCUGCUGGCCACAUUCCUCGUCUACGCAUUUCUGCCGGAGCUGCGGAACCUGCACGGGCUGUGUCUGAUGGCGUACUGCGGCGGGCUGAUCGUGGCCUACUCCCUGCUGGCCUACCUGAAGCUGCACACCGGGGAGGUGGGCGUGGCCAUGGGCGGCUGCCUCGCUAUUGCAUUCGUCGUGUACUACGCGUUUCAGUCGAGCUUCUUCUGGCUGAAUGUUAUGUGUUUCGACAUCUGGAGAACUUUCAGAUCCGCCAUGCCGAAUCCGUCUUGUGCCGCCACCAAACUUGGGUACCGCGGCGGAGGCACCAGCAAGCGGCGGGAGCUGAAGCGGUUCCUAUGGUACGGCAGCUACGCCUGGGGCGUCCCACUGGCGCUGACGGCCGCCACCGCCACCGCGCACUUCGCCCCCGAGGUGCCCAGCGGCUUCCUGCGACCACACCUGGGGGUCAGGCGCUGCUGGUUCCAUGACUGGUCGAGCGAGCUGGCGUACUUCUUCAGCCCGGUGCUGGCGCUGGUGGUGGCGAACCUGGCGCUGUUCGCGGUGACCGCGCACCGCAUUCGCUCCAUCAAGCAGGAGACCGCCAUCCUGAAGGGAUCAGAGUCCGCGCGCAGCGACAAGCUUAAGCGAGAUAAGCAACGAUACGGCCUCUACUUGAAACUAUUCAUGGUGAUGGGCGUGAACUGGACGGUGGAGCUGGUGGGCUUCGCGGUGGGCGGCUCCAACUGGUACUGGGCGCUCGUGGACCUGUCCAACGUGCUUCUGGGGCCCUUCAUCUUCGUCAUCUUCGUGUGGAAGAGCAAAGUGCGCAAUCUGAUUAGGAAGAGAUACCGCAGCAUGAGGGGGGUGCGCGCGUCCAGCGCCGGCCCCACCGACGACACUCGCGUCACCUCCGUGUCCGCCUCGGAAGACGUCACCCUGCGACUGAAGGACAUGCGCUGAACUGUCGUCACGUGGGUUCUACAUGCUACAGAGACAUCAUGAACAAACCAAAGAGAUUGUCAUCACAUAGUAAUACAUGACUGCCUGUAUUGCAAUUAUUUUUUAAAGUUAUUAACGUAAGAUUAAGUAUAAGGCUUAUUAAUUAAUUACGUCUCGCUAAGUUUGAAAUGUUUUAUUUACCGUUGCUCCCAGUAUUU